GAGAGAGAGAGAGAGAGAGAGAGAGACGCGGCUCUUGAGGCGGGUUAUAACAACUUUCUCUCAGCUGUGCGAGAAACAUUUGGUGUUUGAUCCGUCGACAAACGAGAUCUGGACCACGAACAGUAACAAGGAAAAGUGAUAUUUCACAAAUCUUUCAGUUUAGCUGAAGUCUGUGAGCACCACCCUGUCAGGAUGUUGAACGAAGAAGACAUGGAUUAUGGAAAUGCCACAUAUGAAUACUUGGAAUAUGGUGUGGAAGAACCCAAAUCAGAAGGGUACAGUCAACGAGAAGGUCUUCACAUUGCAUCGGUGAUCAUCUACAGUCUGGCCUUUACUCUGGGUCUCAUUGGGAAUGGAUUGGUUAUCUGGGUGACCGCCUUCAAAAGCAAGAGGACCGUGAACAGCGUUUGGCUGCAGAAUCUGGCCAUAGCCGACUUUGUGUUCGUGCUUUUUCUGCCGUUCUCUAUCGACUAUGUGCUGCGAGACUUUCAUUGGCUCUUUGGGAAGACCAUGUGCAAGCUGAACUCGUUCAUCUGCACAAUGAACAUGUACGCCAGCGUGCUUUUUCUCACCGUCCUCAGUUUGGAUCGCUACAUCUCGCUGGUCCACGCGAGCUGGUCGGACAAGUUCCGCACCCUCCGUCGGGCCUGGUGGGCGUGCGCGCUGAUUUGGAUGGUGUCGUGCUGCUUAAGCUGUCCGGCUCUGAUAUUCCGGGAUACGAUCUUACAUAACGGAAAAACCGUAUGUUUCAAUAACUUUCACGAUACGAACGGGCACAUCGUGGCGAUGAGACACAUCGCCAUGGUAUCUCUGCGUACGGCUGUCGGUUUCCUUCUUCCGUUCGCCACCAUCACCGUUAGCGGCGUGCUGCUGGCCUGUAAGAUGCGCCGGUCCAAUUCGGUGCGCUUCUCCAGUUUCUCACGAACCGUCUCUGCUGUGAUUCUGGCGUUUUUCCUCUGUUGGGUCCCGUUUCACACCUUCAGCCUGAUGGAACUGAGCAUGCACCACACCAGCUCCCUGCACUCGGUACUAAGGGUGGGUUUUCCCCUUGCCACCAGCCUGGCCUUCUUCAACAGCUGUGUCAACCCCAUCCUCUAUGUGCUGCUAACCAAGAAGGUUCGAAAGCUUAUCCAGAGGUCGUGUCUAACCUUCACUAAGACCUCGCUGAGAGAACUCAGUCAGUCAUUUUCUGCUACAGAGGUCGACUUGUCGCCGCCCAGCUGUUCACCUGACGAACUCUCUGCAAACUCAUCAGUCUGACAGAAUUACAUGUGUCACUUUAAACUUAACUGGAAUAACUUUUCAUUGGUUAAGGGGGACGCAGGUUUUGUAAUGUACUAUUCUUCACACAAUACAUACACCAAAUUUGAUCUGUUUUAUAUGUAUUACAUUCAUAAAUAAAAUAUCCUCUAAACUUUUAUAAGGGAAUAAAUGUACUUCACACUUUACAAAUGUCAAAAUAUUUCUACAGCAGACGAACAAUAUAUUAUCUUUAUUUUAAACAAAAGUUUAUUUACUUGCUUUGUCACUUGCAUAUAAAUUAAAAUAAUAAAGGUAGUAGUAAUACUGUAAA